CAGCUUGCAGCUGCCUGCCCAGCUGAGGGUGUCCUGGCUGCCCAUGGAUGGCAGCGGGGAGAGCUGGGGCUGGAGGGGAUUGAGCAAUGGCUCCGUGUCCAGCGUGGGAAGCGCGGUCCCUUCCAUCCAGCCCUGCCCUCUCUCCACACGCUGUUCCUGGCUCUCGUUUCUUUGGCAGAAAAUUCACAUUCUCAUCCCCUCUCUCCUCCCCUCGGCUGUGGCAGCUCCUUCCCAUCAUUUCCCCUCUUCUCUCCUGCCUGUGGGCAGAGGAGACUCGGCUGUGAAAACCAUCACCCCAGAGGGAGAGCCGGGAGCUCCAGGAGCUUCUGCUGCUGCCAGAGGACACGGGCAAGCCUCUUCGGGGAGGUUCUUUCCAGAGCCCGUACUCUGACCCAGCCCUGUCCUCUCCCUGGGGCUGCUCUUUGGACCAUGCUGGGCACAGGUGGCACCAGGAGGUGGCACGGGGCUGGAGGCAGCCAGGUGUGUUCUCCAGAGCGCCUUUGGCUCUGCUCCAGCCCUGGGAUGGAGCCCGUGGCCCUGCAGAGCCUGUCCGAGCUGGAGAGGGCCAGUCUGCAGGAACUGGCGCUGUUCAGGCUGCAGGAGAGGCUGCCCGGGGGACACCUCAGCCUGGCCAGAGAUGGCUCCAAAGGCAUUAAAUCCAUCCGGCAGAAGCUGGAGAGCUUCUCCAAGGAGAGGAAAGACUGCUCUCCCCACACCUUUGGGGUGCCGCUGUGCCAGGUCAUCGCCCAGGACCGCGCGUGCCGGCAGCUGCAGGAGGCCGUGGGCAGGAGCCGCCGGCUGUGCCUGCAGGUGGAGGCCACGGUGACGAGGUUCCGUGCUCAGAGGCACAGGAGGAUGGGGAUGGGGAUGGGCAGCAGCUGCAUCCCAGCACCCCACGGCAGCUUCCCAGAGGAGCCGCUCUCCCCGGCUCUCCCGGACAAGAGCUCCUGGAGCCAGCGCAGGGGAGCCAUGUCCGUGGAUUCCAUCACGGACCUGAGUGACAACGCGUCCGAGCUGCUGGAGGCCCUGCAGCUCUCACACCCCCACGAGCUGGACCCCUGCAGGAGCCGCGCCAAGAAGAAGCAGCUGAGCCUGAACCCCAUCACCUGGCAGGUGCCACGGAUCGUGGACAGGUGCUGCACACACCUGGAGACCCACGGGCUCCAAACUGUCGGCAUCUUCCGUGUGGGGAGCUCCAGGAAAAGAGUCCAGCAGCUGAGGGAGGAGUUUGAUCAAGGGCUGGAUGUUUUCUUGGAUGAGCAUCAGAGUGUUCAUGAUGUGGCUGCCCUGCUCAAGGAGUUUCUCCGGGAUAUGCCCGAUUCCCUGAUUCCCAGAGAGCUCUACGGAGCCUUCCUGAGCACAGCCAGCAUGGAGGGCCCAGCCCAGCUGGACACGCUGCAGCUGCUGCUGUUCCUGCUGCCCCCGUGUCACAGUGACACCCUGCUCCGGCUCCUGCGCUUCCUGGCCCGGGUGGCCCAGCACGCCCAGAGCUCCUGGGACCCCGAGGGCCGCGAGAUCCCUGGGAAUAAAAUGACAGUGUCAAACCUGGCUACGGUCUUUGGUCCCAACAUCCUGCAGAAGGAGAAGCCUGGAGAGAAAGAUGCCGGUGCCCUGAACUUUGAGGACAGUGCUGCCAUAAUCCUGGUGCUCCAGAGGCUGAUUGAGCACCACCACUCCCUGUUCAUGGUGUCCCCAGAGAUGCAGUGUGACGUGCUGAGGAGGCUGUUCCAGACAGACCCCGAUGUCAUCGAGUACCUGCUGCGCAGGAAGUUCCCUGACCUGCCGAGCCCAGAUCUCGAGGAUGGCGGGGAGGAGCAGGCUCCAUCCGCAGUGCCCGGCUGGACACGCAGCCUGGAGCGGGGCUCGGUGUCCUCGGGGCUCUACAGCAGCGUCUCCUUCCUAAACCUGGAUGUCGGCACCUAG